AUGAUGGAUCGCAGACCGCACCCCGACGAAUUAAAGCAAACACAUACUGCGGCGUUUUCCACUGGCCCCCUCGAGGGUCAUCGGACCACAACGAACACAUACGGUUGGAGUCUGGAUACGGUUAACUGGCUCAUUAUAGCCGAGCAAGUCGUGUAUGAGAGGCGGCAUGGAAUAGCGGCGCUCCCGCCCACCGAUGGAGGAUCAGCAGAGUGUGGCACGAAGAAGACAUGGCAGCGGCCCUUCAUCGCGCCGCCUUACCGUUAUACUGCGGUUGCGACCAGGCUUCGGUCCGGGAUGGUGUCGUACACAAUAUACAAUUACUAUGAUCGUAGUGUGUUGGAUCCAGAAGACGAGAUAGGCGACGACGGCCGAGGGCUCGGAGAGCCUCCUCCCAGUCAAAACCACGCUAUCCCGUAUCACAGAGACCUCCUUCGCCUCCCAGACUCAGCCGCAUUCGCGACGUGCGCCGUGCUCCUGCUGUGCGACAUCUCUGCGCGUAAACGCGCAUUCAUGGCAGUAGUCGCGGCGGGCCUUGCAGUACAGGCGCGGAAGCUGGGCACCUUAGGCAGGUGCAGUGAUGCUGCAGCUAUCGGCAAAGAGAUGGCCACAAUUCCUGUGCAGCGUGCGCACGCCGCGCCCUCUCCCGAGAGUUGGAGCCCGGGCUGGAUCGCAGGCUGUUUUGUCGAGCCUGGCUUCAAGUCGACGAAGGAACGAGGACGGCCGGUGCCAUUGAGUAUCCUCAACCUACCACGCAGCCACCGCAUCGACCACCACCAGCGAUCGCACCUUCCCGCUAUGAACAUCCCCAUGGAAAUCGCAAUGGUACAAUUGUGCUGGAAAGACAAUUCGCCCGAUUUUGUGGAUGCUGGUGUUAGAUCACAAGUAGAAGAACAACCAGAGGAUGCGAUCGCGCACGACGACAUAGACAACGAGGACGCGCAUGUAACAUGCAAAGGACCGAAGCUGUCGUUGGAAGGACAAGCUCGCGACCAGGUCAUCGUCGAAGGUUAUCCAUUGGUAGAAGAGACGGCUGAGCGUAUUGAACGAGAUGGGCCAACAUUGAUGCAGGACAGUGGAAGCCUCACAGCCGACGGCGACAACGGUGAAGCUGGAGACGCGAACGAGGUGAGAACCCAUGUCUCCGCAGACGUGAGACGUGCUGGGGAGAUCGCUUAUGUGUCAUGCAACUACCAGCCGUCCGAUAGCACAGACAACUCUUGGGCCAUGACGACGGGCUUCGCUGUUGCGGGGCAUAGCACGUGCAUUGUAUGUGUCGCUAAGCCCAGCUGUGAGCGAGAGGUCCGGGAGGUCGAUGCAGAGAGACAUACCUUCGCAGAUCUGGGACACGCUGUGGCUACCAGCACAGCCGUGCGAGCAUCCAUAAUCGAGCCUACGAGCAACGAGGCCAUCGAAAUGGAAGCGACGCUGUCCGAGAUUGUCAUUGGAAUAGGACGUGACGAAGGAGCCGUCAUCGAGACGGACACAAGCGAUGAGCAUAAUGGACGGGGGACCGGAUGGACGGGGAAGGUCCUCCAAUAUAGGAGGAGAGUGCUAAGGGCGGCGGAGAAGGCCAUAGAGGGAGACCUCAAUAUGAUGAGCAUAUUCAUUGGACUUGUAGCAAGUGCCGUUCAGCAAUUCUCUAACCCACCAUCGCGAAGCGAUAUAAUCGCAUUCAUAAUCUUUACUCUGGGCAUCAUCUUCUACGUGCCGCCCCGCAGGAAAGGCCCGAUGGUUGCUGUAAUCAUUUGUUUCGUGGCGCAGGCGUGGAAGCUAGGGGUAGCAGUGGGUGUCGCACUUUUGGUCCUUUGCACAGCAAAGUUUGCUGUGGUAUUUUGCAUGCAACAGGAUACAAGUUCGGCUGACAAUCCUCGUGAGUCGUCCAGCGAUAUAACCAACUAG